AUGGAAAUUAAAGAGGAAGAUGAAUCUGAUUUAAGAGAAUAUGAUCGUGAUGACUCUUCGCCUACAAUGGAAGAAAAGCCUGGACUGAAACCUGACUGUAAGACUGAAAUAUACACAUCACCAGCCUUGACCCACAAAGAAGAAGAGUAUUCACUAUUGGAAAUUAAACAGGAGGAAACAUUCUCUGAUUUGAGAGAAUAUGGUCACCAUGACUCUACUCCUACAGGAGAAGUUCAAAGGAUCCAUUCUAGCAAAAGGAGUACAGAGGAAAAAAGAAAGAAUGUCAUCAGACAUCAGCAAUCGAACGCAAGGAAGAAACAACAUGAAUGCUCCCAGUGUUCCAAAACUUUUCCUGCACCUUCUGCUCUUGCAAUUCAUCAACGAACACACACAGGAGAAAAGCCCCAUCAAUGUCCUCAGUGUGGGAAAGCCUUUAGUCACAAGGGUAAUCUCAAGAAACACCUGAGGAUCCACACUGGAGAAAAGCCUUAUCAGUGUAAUACAUGUGGAAAGGGUUUCAAAAGUAGCAGUGAACUUACAAUCCACCAGAUGAUACAUACUGGAGAAAAGCCACAUCUGUGUUCUCAGUGUGGAAAGGCCUUAAGUCAAAAGGGUGAUCUCAAGAGACACCAGAGGAUACAUUCUGGAGAAAGGCCACAUCAUUGUUCUCAGUGUGGAAAAACGUUUAUUAAAAUGAGUCAUCUCAAAACACACCAGAGGAUCCACACUGGAGAAAAGCCAUAUCAUUGUUCUCAGUGUGGAAAGACUUAUAGUCAAAUGUAUCAUCUCAAGAGACACCAGCAGAUCCACACUGGGGAAAAGCCACAUCAUUGUUCUCAGUGUGGAAAGACUUAUAGUCAAAUGUUUCAUCUCAAGAGACACCAGAGGAUCCACACUGGAGAAAAGCCUUAUCAGUGUUCUCAGUGUGGAAAGGCCUUUAGUCAAAAGGGUGACCUCAAGAAACACCAGAGGAUCCAUACUGGGGAAAAGUCAUAUCAGUGUUCUCAGUGUGGAAAGACCUUUAAUGAUAUGGGUACUCUCAAAAGACACCAGAGGAUCCACACUGGAGAAAAGCCAUAUCAGUGUUCUCAGUGUGGAAAGACCUUUAGUCAAAAGAGUUCUCUCAAGACACACCAGAGGAUCCACACUGGAGAAAAGCCACAUCAGUGUUCUCAGUGUGGAAAGACCUUUAGUCAAAAGAGUUCUCUUUUGAGAACACCAGAGGAUCCACACUGGAGUCAUGUAUUGCCAUUCAUCUUGCUUGGAUAA